AUGGAUCACUCUCGCGAUCCCUGCCCCUGGGUUGCCUUGUCCGAUUUCGGAGGUGCAUUCUGUAUGGGCGCGAUCGGAGGCGCUGUAUGGCACGGUGUCAAAGGUUUCAGAAAUAGUCCUUAUGGCGAGCGGCGGAUAGGAGCCAUCACAGCGAUCAAAGCGCGAGCACCUGUUUUAGGCGGCAAUUUCGGUGUAUGGGGUGGACUGUUUUCGACAUUCGAUUGCGCAGUAAAAGGAAUUCGAAAGAAGGAAGAUCCUUACAACGCCAUUAUUGCCGGUUUCUUCACAGGCGGUGCGUUGGCCAUCCGAGGCGGAUACAAGGCCGCUCGAAAUUCAGCGAUCAUGUGCGGUGUGUUCCUCGCAGUCAUCGAGGGUGUGGGUAUUGGAUUCCAGCGAAUGAUGGCAGAUGGGACAAGAUUAGAUUUGCCUCCUCCACCAUCGGAACAGGCCAUUGCCUAA